AUGUGGCCAGACAGCAUCUUGGUCCUCGCAGUUCUCCUCCUUUCCUCCACUCUGGUAGCUGAAGAUAAAGUCAACCGUGACAAAGAAGGAGUUUGCCCAAUGGACGAUGUACACUGCACCAGGAGUGAGCCACCCCAGUGUAACAGAGAUGGGAACUGUGGGGGUCAGGAAAAGUGCUGUUACCGGCUCUGUGGCUACAAAUGUGUGCAGCCUGUGAAGCCAAUAGAGCUCUGUAAGUAG